GGGAUGCAGCUGGGGUUUGGGGCAAUGGGACCUCCGCCGCUUAGCUGUUGGCAUCGCCCCAUGGCGUCUAGUGUGUCCGUGGUCAGCCGAGAGCUGGGUACCUCGGGCCAGGGCAAGGCGGGGGUCAGCCUGCGAGCCACAGGCGCGGUCCGGGGCGCAGGGCCGGGGAGCGGGGGCGCUCGCCACCGCGAGGAAACGCGCCUAUCAGGGGGUCUUGAACUUGGACGUGCCCGGACGGAGCACUUCAAACCAGCGGUAAAUCGUGUGUGCACGCGCUUUGCCUCGGAACAACGGGGCAAGCACGAUAGUGGAAGUGGUCAAGUAGUUUUUUAAGGUAAAAAUCCGACAGUGGAACUGGUGUAACCAGGAGAGAAGAUGAUGAUUAGAUUAUGAGUCAAAAGGCUCCUCAGACCCGCAAACAAACCGUCACACCUCCGCCAGGGUUAACUCUUCCCGGUUUGUGUCCUCGGAGUGUAAAACUGGGACGCCCAUGGGUAUUCUCACGGUCUGAGAGGAAUGACAACGUUCUACAAAUGUCAGGCAUUGUUGUUUGAUACACACGCAUGCAUCGCGAAGCAUGUGUAGUCUGUAAAACUAAGUGCCUGAUACACAGUAGGCAGUCUGUAAACUUUUAUCCCAAAGCUACUGAUUCGCCUACAUUAUGUUAGUUAGAUAAAGUUCCAACUUCUGUUUACUAUGUAAAUAAGUUAUCUAAGCGUCAUUUCCACACAAUCACCAUUGUUUGAAGAGCAGAUCUAUUCUUAACUGAGUCAUGACGUUUUCUAAAAUAGCAUGCUAUCUGUACACUGCAGUGGAAUCAUUUACCACGAGGGAGGCUUGUACCAAUCAGAAAAAUCUGCUACUUUGCCUUAGAUAAGCUGAAGAUAUCGGAUAAAGUGAGCUGAAAAGUAUUGCUGCAAAGCAAGACUUUCAUUUGUUUUUGUAAAUUGAGGGGUUGCUUAUAAGAAGAUCGGAGUUCUCUAAAGCAAAGUUGAUAUGUGUCUGUGGCUUUUGUACAGUUUUUAUUAUAGACGUUUGUGUUCCUGUGGGUGUGUCUAUCAAGUUUAGGGGGGAGAUGGAAAUUUUAAAAGGAAUAGCAGGGGGGUUGGGGAUUUAGCUCAGUGGUAGAGCGCUUGCCUAGCAAGCGCAAGGCCCUGGGUUUGGUCCCCAGCUCCGAAAAAAAGAAAAAAGAGAAAAAGAAAAAGAAAAAAAAAGAAAAAAAAAGAAAAAAAAAAAGGAAUAGCAGGCUGUAACCACGAGGUUUCUACUAGGGAUACUUAAGAGUGAUCUGGAAUUGUUUCUAAGGCAGAAACCAGGAACUGAAGUCCUUGUGUCUCGAGGCCUUUCAUUAGUCUGUUGAAUGUAGCAAUAGACUUUUUUUAGAUGCAGAAAUAUCAGUGUUUUUGAUUGAGAACAGUAGGCAAUUUCUUUCCUUUUCUUAUUUAAAAUUUGAAAUUAGGACAUGUUUGCCACCAACACACACAGAGUCCUGAGUUCAAUCCCAAUAUUUUAUAACUGGGCAAGGUGGUCCACGGCUGCCAUCCCACCCAGCAUAAGAGAGGUACAAGAAGGGGUUCAGAAGCUCUAGGUUACUCCUCACUAUAUAGUGAAUUUGAGGCCAGCCUGGGAUACGUGUGACUUCUUAACAAAGCAAAACAAAAAAAAAAAGUUAAAAACUCCUCAUAUUACAGGGCUCAAGAGAUACUUGGGAAGUGAGGGCACAUCCUGCCAAAUCUGAAGACCUGAGUUCAAUCCCCAGGAUAUGUAGAUUGUCCUCUGACCUCCAAAUGUGUCCCAACAUAAUGCCCCCUCCCCAAAUUAAUAAAUGUAAUGAAAUUUAUUUAUUAUGUGUAUAUCUGUGGGCACCCAAGGCGCAUGUGUGGAGGUCAGAGGGCCAGUUGUAAAACUCAGUUUCUCCUUCUAUCUCGUGGGUGCUGGGGAUUGAGUUCAGGCUCAGUGGCAAACAUCCCUACCUGCUGAGCUAAGUCAUUAGUCCUUCGUUUCUGUCCUCGUUGGAUGAAACUGGGGUCUUGUGACUGCUACUAUCAGUGAGUCACAUCCCUGCCUCCAACUGGAAAUCCUAUUCCUUGUAAAUGAUCUGGAAUGAUCCUUAUGUUCUAAAGCAAGGAUUUUAAAGUCCUGUAUACCACAGUGGGGUUUAGUGGAGUGCUAGAGGGAAAAUUACUAAUAAUAAUCUCGUGCUGCUUUAAGAGUUCUAUUUGUGGAGCUGGAGAUGACCCAGUGGUUAAGAGCAUUUGCUGCUCUUCCAGAGGACCUGACUUCAGUUCCCAGCUCCCAUGUCUGUCAGUACAGCUUCCUGUAACCCCAGCUACAUGGGAUCUGAUGGUCUCUUCUGCCUUCCAAGGACAAUAGCAUACAGAACCAUUCAUGAUACAGUUGUAGCUGUUUCCAACAAAGUUCAGUGAUGAAAAUUGUUAUUUUUAACGAGAAACCUCCAAGUUAAAGAUGAAAGGAAAACACUGGGACCAUUUCCAUUCUGACAAGGUGACGAGUACAGCAUUUUCCAGCUAACUUGUCAUGGCACCUUGCUAAGAGUGACUCUUGUCAUGCACCCCACUGGGACCAUGGAUGUGGGCUUUACGCGGUCUGCUGUUCAGACCCUGUCCAGGAGCCACUGCAAAAACAUCAAGCAAAAGAUCUCCCAGUGGGAAGGAAGAGCCAAUGGUGUAACUCAGCCAGCCAAGUUUCACCCAAAGGAUUUUGGUGUGAGAUAUAAUAACUGCCACCAGGAGCGUCCUCCUCAUAAGCAUCCCACCGGUGAGGAAAGGAAUGGGGGUUUACCCAGAAACACGGACGCCAGAAGCCACGAUCAAAGUGAGGGUGAAAGCGAGAGUCGAGAGCUUAAAGACCCCCACCCCUUGGAAGGUGAACCAAACUCCAGCCGCAUGUGUGCCCGGGUCAAACAAAUCGAAAGCUGCCAAGCUGUUGCUGUGGAUCCAGAGGCUUCGCUACCUCCAGGAAACUUCUAUACCUCGCAGAUACCGUGGAAGAGCAUAGAAGGGCUUACCCCGAACAAAGUCUUCACUGUGGCCUUAUCACCUUGUGACUUUACAGAAGAGGAACCGGAGCUCAGUGUUCUGGAUAGUUCUUACAGAGUAGCCAAGAGCUUGGAAAAUAUUUAUUGUGAACCUGAGGGGCAGGAAUGUGGCCCCUCUAUAAAUCCUUUGCCCAAACCCCGUAGGACAUUCAGGUAUUUAUCUGAAUCUGAUGGCAUGCCAUAUAAAGAAAGGAACUGUGACCAAAAGAACUGUGAGAGUGUUUGCUGUGCAGACUCUUCGUUGGCCUCUUUUCAGGAUCCCGAGCCGAAGAGAUAUGGUGGGAAGAUCAGAGGGAGGUCCAAAAGGAAAUCUUUUGAAUUUGAAGAUAUUCAGCACUUUCGGAACUCACGGAAGAUUCAUGAAGAACUUGAGAGAAAUGCUGGCUCAGCACUUUAUUACACACAGUCGGAGGAUAAUAUCUAUGAGGAUAUUAUAUACCCAGCCAAGGAAAAUCCCUAUGAAGAUAUCCCAGUGCAGUCAUUCCCCAUUUGGAGAUCCCCUUCAGCAUGGAGGCUGCCACCUGCUAAGAGUGCCUUCCGAACACCCAAGCUUCCUCCCAAACCCCAGUUCCUUCAGCGGAAGACUAUGGAACUGAAGAACACUCAGGCGUAUUUGCGAUCAAAACUCACGAAGGAUACCACUUUACCUGUCACCUUAACGGAAUGGAAACUUUUCCGAGCUGGAGAAGUGGCUAACAGGAAAAAGAGAAAUCUCCCUCGGCUUGUUUUGAAAAUCAAUGAUACGUUUGAAUCUAAGAGAGGGAAGAAGAGGGUAAAGUUACAGCCUUACACCGGAAAAGAAGCCCCCUCCUCAAAAGGUGAAACCAGUGGGAACGAGAGCGAUGCUGAGUACCUGCCAAAGAACCGCCACAAGCGCUUGGCACAGCUGCAGCAGUCCUCCAAGAGGAGCCCCCACUACCAGACCUUGGAGCGGGAUCUGAUCGAACUGCAGGAACAGCAGCUUUUUGAACUCUUCGUGGUGGUUUCUCUUCAGAAGAAGGCAUCAGGGAUGGAGUACAUGCCCCGGGUCAUACAGCAGUUCCCUAGCAAGGGUGACCAUGGCUACAAGCAGUCCAAAGACACUGAGGAGAGGCUCAAAGUCAUCCCCAGAUUUUGUUUUCCUGAUUCUGAGGACUGUGCACCAACCUUAGAACUCAAGAGUGAAACGUUCUCCUUCGUGCUGACUGGGGAAGAUGGAAGUCGGUGGUUUGGCUACUGUAAGAAGCUUUUGCCAGAAGGCAGAGGGAAGCGGCUCCCCGAGGUGUACUGCAUGGUUAGUCGCUUGGGCUGCUUCAAUCUUUUCUCAAAGAUUCUGGAUGAAGUAGAGAAGAGAAGAGAAAUGUCCCCAGCCCUUGUUUACCCAUUCAUGCGAAGUGUCAUGGAAGCCCCUUUCCCAGCUCCUGGCCGCACCAUCACAGUUAAGAGCUACCUCCCUGGGGCUGGAGAUGAGUCAAUUGAACUCUGCCGACCACUGGACUCACGACUGGAACAUGUGGAUUUUGAAUGUCUUUUUAAGUGCUUGAGUGUGCGCCAUCUCAUCCGGGUCUGUGCCUCCCUGCUUCUCGAGCGGAGGGUAAUCUUUGUUGCCGACAGCCUAAGCACCCUUUCAAAAUGUGGCCAUGCCGUGGUGGCUACACUGUAUCCGUUCACCUGGCAGCACACCUACAUCCCAGUGUUGCCAGUGUCCAUGAUUGACAUCGUGUGCUCACCUACUCCAUUCUUUAUUGGGAUCUUGUCUUGUUCCUUACCCCUACUCCAGGAUCUUCCCAUUGAAGAGGUGCUGAUAGUCGAUCUCUGUGCAGACAAGUUCCUACAGGAGGUGUCUGACGAGGAUGAGAUCAUGCCACCUAAACUCCAAGCUGCCUUGGUGCAGAUUUUAGAAGAGCGAGAUGAAGUCUUGGCCCAGGAGCGGCAGUUUUCGCAAGAUGUGACUCUCAAUUCUCUGGUGUCAGAAGCAUUUGUCAGGUUUUUUGUGGAACUCGUGGGGCAUUAUUCUCUGAAUAUGACUGUCACGGAGCGUGGGGAGCGUGUGUUCCUAAGGGAGCCAUUCCGGAAGUCCCACACCUCCCGAAGUGUCCGCCACUUCCUAGAUCUCUUCAUGGAGACACAGAUGUUUGCAGGAUUCGUCCAGGACCGGGAGCUUCGGCAAAGUGGAGUUAAAGGUUUGUUUGAAGUCCGGGCUCUUCAAUAUUUAGAAACAAUUCCUGAGUCGGAACCCAGCGGGGUGAAUAGAAUUUUACGGAGUCUUGGAAGCAAAAUGAGAUUUCUUCACAAGAAGUGAAAUCUUUGUCUUCAUUCUACGCAUAACUGAAAGUGCCAAGGACAGUAUGUUCCCAAGGAUCUGGAUGCUUUGAGGAGCCCUGUGAUGUCCUUGUGAUUGUAAGAGGAGAAAAACUGUCAGAGGGCUCUCCUGUUGCUGCAGACCAACUGGGAACAGUGUGGAACCAGUGCGCGCUGCUCUUCUGAUUCGGGGACUGUUUGUCUUUGAGACGGGGUUUGUAUAUAUAGCCCUGACUGUGAUGGAACUUGCCACUGUGGAGAUCAGGCUGGCCUCAAAUCCUGAUCUCACAAAUCUCAAAGAUCUUACAAAGUGUGCUUGCCUCUGCCUCCCAAGCGCUGGGAUUA